ACAACUAAAAACAAUGGUAUCUCCUUUAUAAAUCGUGGAGACGAUGAUUUAGGAUUAUUUAGGUCCUCAAUCAAAGCAAUGGCUUCUCGUCUCUCAAACGCCCUUAAUCUUUUCAUCUUCAUAUCCCUUCUUUGUCUACGAAUUAGGGCUGAAGAAGGUAAUACUGGAUCGGUGUUCUUCAUUGAUAGUACUAGUCAGAGAUUUCUGCGUUCAUCAGAUCUCACCUCUCAGAGUGGGUCAAUGCUACUUUCCGAUGUAACGGCAGCCGUGUUGAUCUUGCUUGGUUUUGCGCCACCUGCUUCACUUACAGCUGAAAGUUCAAUUAAGCUGAAUGAAAUUCUAUCACCAAACCCAUUCGGCAGGCCUCGUGCUGUUCUUAUGCUUGAAGUUAGUGGAACUAGAGCAGAUCAGAUCCCAGCUGGGGUGAAAUUUGGCAGCUACAUUCAGAGCACUGUUGUACUCGAUUCAGUUAAAGCUGAUGUCCAACUUCCAGAGAGGGAUGAAGUCUCGAUGAUAUCGGUGGGUGAAUCUGAAGGUUCUGAAUGCAAUGCAGCAUGCAUGGAAAAAGAACUGCACGAUACGGCAGCUAAGUUGGGUGGUUCAUAUGUUGAUGAUGAGUUGACUAUUGAUUUGGCCAGUGGUACUCGUUUGAAUCUGCAUAUGGCAAAGAAAGCAGACAGGGAGUUCACAGUAAAACUUGUUUCUCUUGUUCGAGAUAUCAGAGGUGCGAUGGAGAUACACAGGGAUUUAGAUGGAAGGAUGAAGAAUCAGGCUGAGUUAAUAAAAGGUCGUUUCGUUGGCAUUAAGGCUUUGCAAGAGCAAUAUGGACCUGAUGGUGUUGCUCAACAAGGAAUGGAGCUCUUCCAGAUGAUGCUAGAAAUGAUAUUUGAUCCAUUACAAGGGGCGUACCAAGGUCAAAUUGUAGGAGUCAUCCUCUUCACUGGCGUAUCUCUUCCGGAAUCUGAAGCAUUUUUAAAUGUGAAAUCUACUUCCCAUACCUCCAGGUUGUUGGAAGAGAGAGCCCCCACAGCUAGUCCAACUCUUAUUGUGGAGAUUCUUCUGGUUAGACGGACACUUGCUUGGAUCACAGGAAUUAUUCUGUUAAUAUCAACUCUUCUUGGGACGUUCUUUCUAUUCAAUAUGCCAAUCACAAGAGAUACCCUUCUUUAUUCGAACGUCAAGCUUGACUAAGUACAGGGAUCGGCUUAAUCUUCCACAUGCAAUGAUGAUCCAAACUUUUAAGAGCUGCAGUAAAUUCAAAUUCCUCCGGAUAUUUUGUAGCAAUGUUGUGGUUGAGCUAUGACCUUGUAGAACUGAAUUCCAUGCAUCUCUUUGCAUUAUAUUAUUUUUCUUGUUACAGAAACCAGUCAUGGUUCUUGUUUUGAGUGUGUACUAAAUGGACAAUGGCGGAUCAGAUGUGUUUUAUUCUUAGCUUAUUUAACUGAAAAAAUGAGGGAAGGACACCGAAAACUGCUGAUAUCCGUCUUCUUUUCAAAUAUUCGUUUGAUGAGUGAAUAGUCAGAUGUUCACAAGUUUGUCAUGUAAUAACAGAAAAAUAAAAUAUCAUAUAAUUUGCUAGUUGUUUAUCCA